AUAUUGAGAACCCUGAAUAAGACCUACUGUAACUUGAAGAGGAAGCCGGUGUGGAAUGAUCUGAAUCCUAAGGCGGUCAACACAGAUGAGCUGUUUGGAUUCAUCCAUCCUGCCACUCGCCAGCGGAAAGACGGUCAAGUCACAAUCCUUCAACCACUUUAAUACUUCUGUCAAAUACAACCAACCACUAAUAGAUACGUUUGGUCUUAACCAUUAAACUGUGUUAAAGACAAUGUGACAUUGUAACAAUCUCUACGACGCCCGGGGAGAAGUUGUUGGGGGUUAACUGCCUUGCUCAGGGGCAGAACGACAGAUUUUUACCUUAUCGGUUCGCGGAUUUGAUCCAGCAACCUUUUGGUUACUGCCCCAAUGCUCCUACCCGCUCCUACCCGCCAGGCUCUCCUGUCAUCCAUCCCCUCCUGUGUUACAGUACUGUAGGUCUCCUGUCAUCCUUCCCCUCCUGUGUUACAGUACUGUAGGUCUCCUGUCAUCCUUCCCCUCCUGUGUUACAGUACUGUAGGUCUCCUGUCAUCCAUCCCCUCCUGUGUUACAGUACUGUAUGUCUCCUGUCAUCCAUCCCCUCCUGUGUUACAGUACUGUGGGUCUCCUGUCAUCCAUCCCCUCCUGUGUUACAGUACUGUAGGUCUCCUGUCAUCCUUCCCCUCCUGUGUUACAGUACUGUAGGUCUCCUGUCAUCCAUUCCCCUCCUGUGUUACAGUACUGUAUGUCUCCUGUCAUCCUUCCCCUCCUGUGUUACAGUACUGUAUGUCUCCUGUCAUCCUUCCCCUCCUGUGUUACAGUACUGUAGGUCUCCUGUCAUCCUUCCCCUCCUGUGUUACAGUACUGUAGUCUCCUGUCAUCCUUCCCCUCCUGUGUUACAGUACUGUAUGUCUCCUGUCAUCCUUCCCCUCCUGUGUUACAGUACUGUAGGUCUCCUGUCAUCCUUCCCCUCCUGGUUACAGUACUGUAUGUCUACUGUCAUCAUCCCUCCUGUGUUACAGUACUGUAGGUCUCCUGUCAUCCUUCCCCUCCUGUGUUACAGUACUGUAUGUCUCCUGUCAUCCUUCCCCUCCUGUGUUACAGUACUGUAUGUCUCCUGUCAUCCAUCCCCCCCUGUGUUACAGUGCUGUAGGUCUCCUGUCAUCCAUCCUCUCCUGUGUUACAGUACUGUAGGUCUUCUGUCCUUUCGGAUGAGAGAGCAGGGUAACAUCUGCCACCCAGGGCCUAAGUGGAUUGUGUUGGAUGGAGACAUUGAUCCGAUGUGGAUUGAAUCUCUCAACACAGUGAUGGACGACAACAAGGUACCUCCUCCCUCCUGUUCACUUUCUACACCAAUCCACUACUACAACACCCCAAUCCACCACUACAACACACCAAUCUACAAUUUUCUCUUCCUCUUGCAAUCUCCACAUUUAGUAAACGCACUAAACGUGAGGAGUACAUUCAAGACCAUCACCCCCAUCCCAGAGAGCUCCAUGGUGCAGGUAGUGUUACUGUAAAGUCUGUCUUCUUCUCAUAAUCUCUUUCGAGAGAGGAGUAGAAGAUGAUCUGAGAGAGAGGAGAGAGAGAGAUCUCUUCAUCCAUUCCUUUUUUCUCUUAUGAAGGAUCUAUCAGAGCUGUCUGUUCUUCGAGGGGAGGGAGAGGAGAGGAGUUAGGAAUAAAAAAAAAAACUAUCUUUAUCUUUCUGCGCUUCUCUCUCUAUCUCUCUCUUCUCUCUCUCAUGAUUCGCUAUCUCUCUCUCUAUCUCUCUCUCUCUCUAUCUCUCUCUUUCUUCUUCUCUCUCUCUGUUUCUCUUCUGUCUCUCUCUCUUCCUCCCCCUCUCUCUCUCUCGUUCUGUCCCCCCCCUCUCUCUCUCUCUCCUUUCGUGUCCCUCUCCCCACCCCCCCUUACCCUCACUCACUCACUCACUCACUCACUCACUCACUCACUCACUCACUCACUCACUCACUCACUCACUCACUCACUCACUCACUCACUCACUCACUCACUCACACACAACACACACACACACACACACACACACACUCAUCUUGGCAUCUGGGCCUUCGGUAGGGCCAUGUACCAAGAUCAGGUAUGACACUCUAACCCUAGCCCUGUACCAAGAUCAGGUAUGACACUCUAACUCUAACCCUGUACCAAGAUCAGGUAUGACACCCCAGCACUCUGUACAUGGAAAAUACUGUAUGAGGUACCAUCAUAUCAUAUUGACUGUACAAGACAUCACAUUCCUCUACCCCCCAAAAAUGAUGUAAUUUAUUUAAAAAAUGGGUUGAUAUGCUAAAAGCCUGUGUAGCUCAUUCAUCUGGUCUUUUACACGAUGAUACAUAAUGUUGUCAGUUAUUACACACGAUGCUACAGUACAUGUGCAUUGACAUAUAAAUAUUUGACCAUGCUGCCUGUAGCUCCAUGAAUGAGUUUCGCCUUCCUGUAAAAUACCCUGAUGAAGGUCGAUUGAGACAGAAACGUUGCUUAAAAAUAGUCAUUAAAUUGUUGGAAGAAGCAUCAAGAUUACCAGUGCUACAGUUUUUCUUCUUCUUUUUCUGUAGCUCCAUGACUACCGGGCUGAGUUCAGCCAGUGGUGGACCAAGGAGAUAAAGACAGUGAAGCUGCAGGCCCCAGCCCAGAACUCUGUGUUUGACAUCUACCUGGACCCUGUGACCAGACGCUUCCUGCCCUGGAGCCACAGAGUAACACCCUACCACAUGGAGCCUGAUAUGCCACUGCAGGUCAAAAUCUAGACACCUGACUGACAAGAUGUUGUAUUAAGGACUAUGAAAGAGCUUAGACUUUCCAACUAGGGCCAGGACUUUUUCCUGACAAUAUGACUUGACCUUGGAGACUUCUCUGCUUUUUCUGUAGCCUCUUUGUAGCAUCUCUGUAGCAUCUCUGUAGAUUGUAAUUAACUAGCCGCGCAGCCAGAGUUCCAUGGUCACAUGGUCUGGAAAACCUCCCGGGGACAGUUAUUAUUCUAGCCUACAUGGGGAUAAUAUCUUCCUUUUGCAACUUUAUCUUCCCGUUGCAACUUUGAAAAGAACAUCAGAAUACACGUUUCAGCGAGAAAGCCACCAUCCUUUGAAAAACAAUAACAAUAAAUGAACGAUACGGACAUAUUAAAAAUGUCUGAACGCAUCAGCGAGCAUGAUAAGAGAGGGUAAAGCCACACAUCAUGAGGUCAUAGUGGGGGUCCCUAGCUAGGACGGAACAAAGCCCUGCCACUGUGUCUGAUUACCAUCUAGCACACCGCAUAGCAGAGGGUGUGGGUGUAAAGCACCAGAACACAGACUCUAGGCUCUCAACCAACGCUCUAUUGCCUCCUCCCAGUCCUCCUACCCACAGCUGCCUGCCUGCUGACUGCCGCUUCUGGCUGAGCUGUAAUUAGCAGGGUUUUGUUCCCACCUAAUGACGCUAUUAUCCCCGAACAGUGGCGGUAUACCCGGGAAACAUAAGACAUUAUCAAUUAUGAACAACUCACUGAGUUCGUGUCGGUCAAUACAUGGCUUUCAAAGUGAGUGAUAUAACCGUGCUGUAACCGUUUCUGUGUUCACACUGUACUCUUUUCUCAGUUGUUUUCUAAGGCUGCUGUACUGUAGGCCGUUCUGGUGCAUACGGCGGAGACGGCGCGUCUGAGGUACUUCAUGGAUCUGUUGCUGGAGAGGGGCCAACCCCUUGAUGCUGGUGGGAAUGCUGGCGUGGGGAAGACGUCUCUGGUCAGGAACCAGUUAGACCACCUGACAGACAUCUAUAUGACCACUAAAGUGCCCCUCAACAACUACUGCACCUCCCUCAUGCUGCAGAGUGAGUUACACAACGUUGUGACUUUCUUGACUUAAGCCCUAUUAGGAGCAUAGGUCAUUGACGAAUGUCCUCCAUCUCACUCGGUUCUGGUCCAGUUCUUCCUGUGUUGAAGCUGUGCUUUAAGGCAGCAAGUUGUGAUGAAAAAAUGCUUCACGUCUAAGAUAUGCUGUUCUAAGAUCCAGAUCUCAAACCAGAACAGCAGCACCAUCUGCUGGUGUUACUUGGAGAAAGAGUAGCGCUGGUGAGGUCACAAAGAAAGUUAUCUGUACCAUACAGUAUAGGCCAGGGGUGUUCAACUCUGACCCCACGAGGUCCGGAGCCUGCUGGUUCUCUGUUCUACCUGAUAAUUAAUUGCACCCAACUGGUGUCCCAGGUCUAAAUCAGUCCCUGAUUAGAGGGGAACAAUGAAAACAUGCAGUGGAACUGGCGUGGAGGUCCAGAGUUGAGUUUGAGGGGUAUAGGCUAAUACUAUUUUGAUCGUUAAACAAUUCUACGUGAACAUCUUCUAAAAGGGCCAAAAGGAAACACGUUGGUUGUUGGUGAUCUAACAGUACUCAUCAAAAUAUUAUUUAUCCAUGACUUGGGGUGUUUUGGUAACUCUGUCGUCUGAUGUGACUAGGGCGUUUUGGUAACUCUGUUGUCUGAUGUGACUAGGGUGUUUUGGUAACUCUGAUGUUGUUUUGGCUCAGUGGUCCUGGAGUGGCCUUUGGCGAAGAGGGCAGGCUGUAACUUCGCCCCUCCAGGAAACAGGAAGCUGGUCUACUUCAUCGACGACAUGAACAUGCCAGCUGUGGACAGCUACGGCACCGUGCAGCCACACACACUCAUACACCAGCACCUGGACUACACACACUGGUCAGGCAUACAGACCCACAACACAUACCGCUCAAUAGAUGGAUAGAAAUGUAUGGGGAAGUAUUGUCAUAUGUAUGGGGAAGUAUUGUCAUAUGUCAUAUGUAUGGGGAAGUAUUGUCAUAUGUAUGGGGAGCCCCGUGUAGCUCAGUUGGUAGAGCAUGGCGCUUGCAACGCCAGGGUUGUGGGUUCGAUUCCCACGGGGGGCCAGGGGCCAGUAUGAAAAUGUAUGCACUCUGGUUAAGAGCGUCUGCUAAAUGACUAAAAUUAAAAAUGUAAGUAUUGUCAUAUGUAUGGGGAAGUAUUGUCAUAUGUAUGGGGAAGUAUUGUCAUAUGUAUGGGGAAGUAUUGUCAUGUAUGGGGAAGUAUUGUCAUGUAUGGGGAAGUAUUGUCAUGUAUGGGGAAGUAUUGUCAGAGUAAACAUAGGUGGUGGGCUAGAAGCCCUGUACACUAUAAUGCCCCUUAUACCACCUUUGAUUGUCGGAUCAGAAUCAAAUAUUGCACUUCCAUUUUAUCAGAAGGGUGGUUUAUGGUGUGUUAGCUUUGUAUAAUCAAGCUGUUGCCCCACUGUUUCCUACUGCAGGUAUGAUAGGCAGAAGAUGACCCUAAAGGAGAUCCACCACUGUCAGUAUGUUGCCUGUAUGAACCCUAUCUCUGGGAGCUUCACCAUCAACCCUAGACUACAGGUACUGAUCAGGACUAGCUCAACUCCACUGGUAUAUUCCAGCUUAGACUCCAGGCACUGAGUAGGAUUGCAAGACUCCAGGUACUGAGUAGGAAUGCUAGAAUCCAGGUACUGACUAGGAAUGCUAGAAUCCAGGUUCUGACUAGGAAUGCUAGACUCCAGGUACUGACUAGGAAUGCUAGAAUCCAGGUACUGAGUAGGAAUGCUUAGACUCCAGGUACUGAGUAGGAAUGCAAGACUCCAGGUACUGACUAGGAAUGCUAGACUCCAGGUACUGAGUAGGAAUGCUAGACUCCAGGUACUGACUAGGAAUGCUAGACUCCAGGUACUGAGUUGGAAUGCUAGACUUCAGGUACUGACUAGGAAUGCUAGACUCCAGGUACAGACUAGGAAUGCUAGACUCCAGGUACUCACUAGGAAUGCUAGACUCCAGGUACUGACUAGGAAUGCUAGACUCCAGGUACUCACUAGGAAUGCUAGACUCCAGGUACUGACUAGGGCUGAGGGCCCUAUCAAUUUUUUACCGAAAAAUGGUCAGUAUAGUUUCGAACUUGGACUAAAAAGCGCUUUCAAUGGAGAAUCUCCAUUUAGCAUGUUUUUAAGUCCAAGACAAGGCUUAACCUGUGUCCAGGAAACCAGCACCUACAGUCAAUCAAUCAAUGAAUCAAAUGUAUUUAUAAAGCCCUUUUUACAUCAGCAAAUGUCACAAAGUGCUUAUACAGAAACCCAGCCUAAAACCCCAAAGAGCAAGCAAUGCAGAUGUAGAAGCACGCUAUGCCAGGAGAAGGUGAUAAGAGUAUAUGGCCAGAUCGUUCUUCAAGAUGUUCAGACGUUCAUAAAUGACCAGCAGGGUCAAAUAAUAACCACAGUGGUUUUAGAGGGUGCAACAGGUCAGCACCUGUUGCACCCUCUAAAAGGGGCGGCAGGUAGCUUAGUGGUUAAGAGCGUUGUACCAGUAACCGAAAGGUCGCUGGUUCUAAUCCCCGAGCCGACUAGGUGAAAAAUAUGUCUAUGUGCCCUUGAGCAAGGCACUUAACCCCAAUUGCUCCUGUAAGUCGCUCUGGAUAAGAGCGUCUGCUAAAUUACCAAUUUAAUUUUUAUUUUAAACGUCAGUAGGCUUUUCAUAGCUGAGCAUUCAGAGGUCGAGAUAGCAGGUGUGAGAGGGAGAGGGUCGAAACAGCAGGUCCGGGACAAGGUAGCAAGUCUGGUGAACAGGUCAGGGUUCCAUAGCUGCAGGCAGAACAGCAGAAACUGGAUCAGCAGCACGACCAGGUGGACUGCGGAUGGGGACAGCCAGGAGUCGUCAGGCCAGUUAGUCCUGAAGGGCAUGUUCAUAAGGCUCAGGUCCCCUGGAAGGGGAGGGAGGGAGGGAGAGAGAUGGGAGAAUUAGAGGGAGCAUACCUAAGAUCACACAGGACACCAGAUAAGACCCACCAAAGCUCAUUUCCAGUAAUUCUACACAUUUUGUCUUGAAGCUGAAAUACAAUUUUGCAGUUUUAAAGCAUUUUUUUGAUGCAAUCGUAUACAUUUUGCCAUGGAGCUGAGAUAAAAUAAUUUUGCAGUUUUUAAGCAGAUUUCCUGCAAUUCUAUGCAUUUUGACAUGGCUAAUGCUGGGUUCUUAUGCUCAAAACAUUAUAACCAAAUCAAUGGGGGCCAGAUUGUCUAGCUUUUAUUUUGUUGAUUGUAAGUUCUUAAAGAUUCUAGGCUAUUUUACACACUUUCUACGGUGCCUUGCAAAAGUAUUCAUCCCCCUUGGCAUUUUUCCUAUUUUGUUGCAUUACAACCUGUAAUUUAAAUUGAUUUUUAUUUGGAUUUCAUGUAAUGGACAUACACAAAAUAGUCCAAAUUAGUGAAGUGAAAUGAAAAAAAUAACUUGUUUCAAAACAUUAUAUAAAAAAAAAUUUAAAAACGGAAAGGUGGUGCGUGCAUAUGUAUUCACCCCCUUUGCUGUGAAGCCCCUAAAUAAGAUCUGGUGCAACCAAUUACCUCCAGAAGUCACAUAAUUAGUUCAAUAAAGUCCACCUGUGUGCAAUCUAAGUGUCACAUGAUCUGUCACAUGAUCUCAGUAUACACCUGUUCUGAAAUGCCCCAGAGUCUGCAACACCACUAAGCAAGGGGCACCACCAAGCAAGCGGCACCAUGAAGACCAAGGAGCUCUCCAAACAGGUCAGGGACAACAUUGUGGAGAAGUACAGAUCAGGGCUGGGUUAUAAAAAAAUAUCCGAAACUUUGAACAUCCCACGGAGCACCAUUAAAUCCAUUAUUAAAAAAUUGAAAGAAUAUGGUACCACAACAAACCUGCCAAGAGAGGGCCGCCCACCAAAACUCACGGACCAGGCAAGGCCAAAGAUAACCCAAGAGACCAAAGAUAACCCUGAAGGAGCUGCAAAGCUCCACAGCGGAGAUUGGAGUAUCUGUCCAUAGGACCACUUUUAAGCUGUACACUCCACGGAGCUGGGCUUUACGGAAGAGUGGCCAGAAAAAAGCCAUUGCUUAAAGAAAAAAAUAAGCAAACACAUUUGGUGUUCGCCAAAAGGCAUGUGGGAGACUCCCCAAACAUAUGGAAGAAGGUACUCUGGUCAGGUGAGACUAAAAUCAAGCUUUUUGGCCAUCAAGGAAAAUGUCUGGCGCAAACCCAACACUUCUCAUCACCCCGAGAACACCAUCCCCAGAGUGAAGCGUGGUGGUGGAGGCAGCAUGCUGUGGGGAUGUUUUUCAUCUGCAGGGACUAGGAAACUGGUCAGAAUUGAAGGAAUGAUGGAAUAGUUAUGCAUACUCAAGGUUUCUGUUUUUUUGUCUUAUUUCUUGUUUGUUUCACAUUUAUUUUUAUUUUACAUCUUCAAAGUGGUAGGCAUGUUGUGUAAAUCAAAUGAUACAAACCCCCAGAAAAUCCAUUUUAAUUCCAGGUUGUAAGGCAACAAAAUAGGAAAAAUGCCAAGGGGGUGAAUACUUCCGCAAGCCACUGUAUUUGGUUUUAGUCAUUUAAGUUUACAAUGAAAGUGUUUUUCCAAAUGUGUACAAAAAUGAAAUAAAAAUGUAAUCCCGCGACCCACCUGGACUCCCGACCCUUAGUUUGGGAACCAGUGUAUUAUGAAACGGGUAGUAUAAUAAAAAAAACUCACUGUACAUAUUUUUUGUAUUGUAUUGUGUGUCAUCAAAGAUGAAGACAAGUUGCUCCAUUUUUUUUAACACAUCAAAAAAAUAAUGUUUAAAAUAAGCAGAGUAACUUCAUUUUUUCUUCUGUGUGUUGCAGGGAGUGGAGGAGCAGGUCCUGUUAUUGCAGAAACCCUUCAUUUACUGUCACUUCACCCAGGGAGCAGGGGGGAGGCCUGCUACAUGGCUGUCAAAGACUAGGACCAACUCAGGACUCUACUCACUGAGGCCAUGGAUGGAUACAACAAGCUCAAUGCUGCCAUGAACCUGGCACUGUUUGAAGAUGCCAUGCAACAUGUGUGAAUUGAAGUGAGGGAUUGAACUAUAAAAGCAAUUUUGACAAAACUGAGCAGAAUUGAAAGUAAUCUAACUUUCUUCUGGAGGUAUUCAUAAAUGAGGUGACCUCAGUUGUCUGGACGGCAGGAUUAUAGAACAUCCUUUUCAGGAACUGUUUUUCAAGACAAUAGAGUUGAGCAUGUUUUUUGUUCAUCCACAGCUGUAGGAUCAGUCAUAUCCUGGAGUCUCCGCGUGGUCAUGCCCUGCUGGUUGGGGUGGGGGGCAGCGGGAAGCAGAGCCUGACCCGCCUGGCUGCCCACCUGUCCUCUGUUGACGUGUUCCAGGUCACCCUGAGGAAGGCCUAAACCACACAGAACCUCGAGGUACACACACACACACACACACACACACACACACACACACACACACACACACACACACACACACCCUGAGGAAGGUCUACACCACACAGAACCUCGAGGUACACACACACACACACACACACACACACACACACACACACACACACACCCUGAGGAAGGCCUAAACCACACAGAACCUCGAGGUACACACACACACACACACACACACACACACACACACACACACACACACACACACACACACACACACACACACACACACACCCUGAGAAAGGUCUACACCACACAGAACCUCGAGGUAAACACAGACCCCCCUUCGUCUUGGUAUGAGAGGUCAUCAUGAUUAACAUAGUCAUUAAUAAUGGAUGUAAAACCUGACAGAAUUUAUCGUAGAUCGUUUACGCAUGAUAAGUGAUUGCAAUGAAUAUGUGAAUAGAUAUCAUGCGGCAGAGCAGGAUUUCAACACCAAGACGGACUUACAUCUGUCAAUAUGAAAACUUCCUGUAGUAUCAUAAAUAACUAUCCCAGCCAAUCACAGUCCCUCAUAUUGUGUGGUGAACCGCACCACACCCAGUCAGGGAGGAGAAUAAUAAUGUUAAAUGGCUGUGAUUCAUGAAGAUAGAUCAAGGUUUCUUUUAGACAUCGUCCUUCAGGAUCAAUACCCCUCUGGCUGCUAGCAGUUGCUCUCUCUCUCUCUCUCUCUCUCUCUCUGCAGCGUCAUGGUGAUGAACCACUUCAUUUAUCUUGAACACCUCAAGAUUCUUCAAUGAGCACCAUCGUGUUGAAUAAUAUUUUCAGAUUACACCACAACUUUUACUGCUUGAAGAAUGUUAGAGAAGCAGCUUCAAGUGAAGUGUUUCUACUGUCAAUCUGGCCUGUGUUCAUUAUGGCACACAAGGGAUCACCCCCCCUUCCCCUUUCAUUACGUCUUCUUUUCUGUUGGGUUCCUAGUGAACACACUCUUAUGCUCUAAAGUGUAGGUGGACUUGGCUGUGGAAUGGCGUAAAGAACCAGACCAACCAGCUCUGCUUACUGUGUUCUCUACUGACCCUGACUGUUACUGUGUUCUCUACUGACCCUGACUGUUACUGUGUUCUCUACUGACCCUGACUGUUACUGUGUUCUCUACUGGCCCUGACUGUUACUGUGUUCUCUACUGGCCCUGACUGUUACUGUGUUCUCUACUGACACUGACUGUUACUGUGUUCUCUACUGACCCUGACUGUUACUGUGUUCUCUACUGACACUGACUGUUACUGUGUUCUGUCUCUACUGACCCUGACUGUUACUAUCUCUACUGACCCUGACUGUUACUGUGUUCUAUCUCUACUGACCCUGACUGUUACUGUGUUCUAUCUCUACUGACCCUGACUGUUACUGUGUUCUCUACUGACCCUGACUGUUACUGUGUUCUCUACUGAACGUGACUGUUACUGUGUUCUCUACUGACCCUAACCGUUACUGUGUUCUCUACUGACCCUGACUGUUAAUGUGUUCUCUACUGACCCUGACUGUUACUGUGUUCUCUACUGACCCUGACUGUUACUGUGUUCUCUACUGACCCUGACUGUUACUGUGUUCUCUACUGACCCUGACUGUUAUUGUGUUCUCUACUGACCCUGACUUUUACUGUGUUCUCUACUGACCCUGACUGUUACUGUGUUCUCUACUGACCUUGACUGUUACUGUGUUCUCGACUGACCCUGACUGUUACUGUGUUCUGUCUCUGCUGACCCUGACUGUUACUGUGUUCUCUACUGACCCUGACUGUUACUGUGUUCUCUACUGACCCUGACUGUUACUGUGUUCUGUCUCUACUGACCCUGACUGUUACUGUGUUCUGUCUCUACUGACCCUGACUGUUACUAUGUUCUGUCUCUACUGACCCUGACUGUUACUGUGUUCUCUACUGACCCUGACUGUUACUGUGUUCUCUACUGACCCUGACUGUUACUGUGUUCUCUACUGACCCUGACUGUUACUGUGUUCUGUCUCUACUGACCCUGACUGUUACUGUGUUCUGUCUCUACUGACCCUGACUGUUACUGUGUUCUCUACUGACCCUGACUGUUACUGUGUUCUCUACUGACCCUGACUGUAACUGUGUUCUCUAUUGACCCUGACUGUUACUGUGUUCUCUACUGACCCUGACUGUUACUGUGUUCUCUACUUACCCUUACUGUUACUGUGUUCUCUACUGACCCUGACUGUUUCUGUGUUCUCUACUGACCCUGACUGUUACUGUGUUCUCUACUGACCCUGACUGUUACUGUGUUCUGUCUCUACUGACCCUGACUGUUACUAUGUUCUGUCUCUACUGACCCUGACUGUUACUGUGUUCUCUACUGACCCUGACUGUUACUGUGUUCUCUACUGACCCUGACUGUUACUGUGUUCUCUACUGACCCUGACUGUUACUGUGUUCUGUCUCUACUGACCCUGACUGUUACUGUGUUCUGUCUCUACUGACCCUGACUGUUACUGUGUUCUCUACUGACCCUGACUGUUACUGUGUUCUCUACUGACCCUGACUGUAACUGUGUUCUCUAUUGACCCUGACUGUUACUGUGUUCUCUACUGACCCUGACUGUUACUGUGUUCUCUACUGACCCUGACUGUUACUGUGUUCUCUACUGACCCUGACUGUUACUGUGUUCUCUACUGACACUGACUGUUACUGUGUUCUCUACUGACACUGACUGUUACUGUGUUCUCUACUGACCCUGACUGUUACUGUGUUCUCUACUGACCCUGACUGUUACUGUGUUCUCUACUGACCCUGACUGUUACUGUGUUCUCUACUGACCCUGACUGUUACUGUGUUCUGUCUCUACUGACCCUGACUGUUACUGUGUUCUGUCUCUACUGACCCUGACUGUUACUGUGUUCUGUCACUUCUGACCCUGACUGUUACUGUGUUCUGUCUCUAUUGACCCUGACUGUUACUGUGUUCUCUACUGACCCUGACUGUUACUGUGUUGUCUACUGACCCUGACUGUUACUGUGUUCUCUACUGACCCUGACUGUUACUGUGUUCUCUACUGACCCUGACUGUUACUGUGUUCUCUACUGACCCUGACUGUUACUGUGUUCUCUACUGACCCUCACUGUUACUGUGUUCUCUACUGACCCUGACUGUUACUGUGUUCUCUACUGUAUCUGUGUUCUAGUUUGAUCUGACUGGGUUGUACUUGAGUACAAGGGUAAAUAACCAACCCAUAGCUCUGCUCGUGACUGACGCUCAGAUACCAGACGAACGCUUCCUGGUCAUCAUCAACAACCUGCUGGCAUCAGGUGACUACCUAUGGGUUCUCCCGUAG